GUCGAGCUGCAGCGGACAAGACUCACGUCCUGGUGGUGAGAGACAUUCAGAUCCCCAAGUGGAGGUCCCAGUCAGAGAGAUGAUACGGCUUAAUGAGAAAUCAGUGACGUUCAAGGACGUGGCUGUGGAUUUCACUGAGGACGAGUGGAGACAACUGAAUCCUACUCAGAGACAGCUGUACAGGGACGUGAUGCUAGAGAACUACAGAAACCUAAUUUUUCUAGAAGGAGGAGAAGAGCCAUGGACAAUGGAGAGAGAAAUCCCGGGAAGCACCUGUGCAGAUUGGGAGACUAAUCCUGAAACCAAGGAAUUAGCUCCAAAGCUAAGCAUGCCUGUGGAACAGCUGUCCCUGCAAAGCGUCACAAGGAUUAGUUCCCAGGGCCACAGGUUGGGAGAUACCUGGGAAUACAAUGUCAAGUUUGAAGAACAGCAGGACAACCAAGAGACAGAUUCCAUACAAGUAACAGUCACCCAGAGGAAGGUGAGGGGCCAUGAAUAUAAUAAAUUUGGAAGAAGUUUCAAUCUUGGGUCCGUCCUUGUUCCACCACAGAAAAUUCCUAUGAAAAAGAGUCUGCGUAAAUAUAGUACGUAUGGAAGAAGCCUCAAACAGUAUUCUAGCCUGAUAACAUGUAGUAGAAUCUCCUCAGAAUCUUGUAAGGGUAAUGAAUCAGGCAAAGCCUUCUGUUUCUAUUCAGACUUUCAUCAAUAUCAUAGAGUACAUACUGGGAAAAAGGCUUAUAAAUAUAGUGAAAAUGGAAAGGCUUUUAGCCAGAAUACACACAUUACUCAGAAUCAGAGAAUUAGGUCAGGACAGAAGUCCCAAAAUUGUAAUGAACCUGGUCAGAUCUUCACCCACAAUUCAUCUUUCACUACACAUCUGAAAGUCCAUAUAGGAGAGAAACCUUACAAAUGCAAUGACUGUGGGAAAAUCUUUGGCUACAUUUCAUCCCUUAUUAAUCAUCAGAGAAUACAUACUGAAGAGAAGCCCUAUGCAUGUAAUUCAUGUGGAAAGUCCUUCAGAGACAGGUCAUACCUUACUCAACAUCAGAGAAUUCACACUGGAGAGAAACCCUAUAAGUGUAAUGAAUGUGGAAAAGUUUUUAUCCGAGGUACACAUCUUACUCGACACCAGAGAAUUCACACUGGAGAGAAACCUUAUCAUUGUAAUGAAUGUGGAAAAGCCUUCAAUCAGAGCACGCACCUUAUUCAACAUCAGAGGAUUCAUACUGGGGAGAAACCCUACAAAUGUAACGUAUGUGGAAAAGCCUUCAGCCAAAGCACAUAUGUUAUUCAACAUCAGAGGCGUCACACUGGAGAAUACCCCCAUAAGUGUGACGAAUGUGGCAAAGCCUUCAGCCAAAGGUCAUCUCUUAUUGAGCAUCAGAGAAUCCAUACUGGAGAGAAACCUUGUGUAUGUAAUGAAUGUGGGCGAGCUUUUAGGAGUUACCCGUCUCUUACUAAACAUCAAAGAAUUCAUACUGGAGAGAAACCCUAUUUGUGUAAUGAAUGUGGGAAAGCCUUUAGCCGCAGUGCUUACCUUACUCAACAUCAAAGAAUUCAUACUGGAGAGAAGCCCUUUAAUUGUAUGGAUUGUGGGAAAAGUUUCAUCCGAAGUGCACACCUUAUUGAACACAAGAGAAUUCAUACUGGAGAGAAACCUUAUGAAUGUAGUGAAUGUGGAAAAGCCUUUAGCAAUCGCUCAUCGGUUACCAAACAUCAAAAAAUUCACACUCAAGCAAAACGCUAUGAAUGUAGUGAGUGUGGGAACACCUUUAGUAAGAAAUCAUUACUUCUUCAACAUCGGAAAAUUCAUAUUGGCAAGUAACUAAAUAUAAUGACUACGGUAAAGCUUCAGCCACAGCCGCCAUUAGCCGUGUGUAUUCAUGAAGACUGGUGGGAAUCCCUAUCAAUGAAAUGAAUGUUUGACAGCCUUCAAAUGCAGAUGCCACUUGAGACUUCACACUAGAGAAUGAUCCUGGGAUUCGAAAGAUUCAUGGUCUUGUUGGUGCGGGUACUUUUUCUUCCCGAUGUAGACAGUAAUCUCUUAGCAGACCGUUCGUGUGGUGGAAAGAACCUUGUGUGUGUAGUCAGGAUUUUGUUCAGUCGUUUUCAGUCGUGUCUGACUCUUCAAGACCACGUUUGGGGUUUUCUGGGCAAAUAGGGUGUGUGGGUUCAAAUCCCAGUUCUGCUAUUUUCUGCUUUCAUGAUCUGAAGCAGAUCCCUUUCCCUCUCUGGCCUCAGUUUUCCCAUAUGAUGGGGUUGGACUGGAUGAACUUGAGGUCCCUUGAAGGUCUAAAUUCUGUGAUCCUUUGAGUUGGCAUGGCCAAAAACAAAUCACCACCUGGUGGUAACCUUCUGAUCACGAGCUUGUGUAGGCUGGUCCUUCAGACCCAACUUGGAUUACAUACAUUGGUCCCGUCCUCAGAGGAAUUCCAACUUAGUAUGACCUGCCACGGCUUGUGUUCCACUGGCAUGCCUGUCUGGUAUCACUCCACAUCAUGCUGAGUCGUUAGAGUGGGAUGUUUACAGAGUGAUGCAAGUAGUAUUAUCCCCAUCUGUUAGGGAGAGUGGGUGGAAGUGGAGUGAUAACAAUGCUCUGGGAGAAAUGGCACUCAGUUUUUUUUUACUUAAUAUGUUUUGAGUUGUCAGGUCUCCUUCCAUAAUGCCUGAGGCUUCUGUCUCCAUGCCUAGUGCCACUACUGUAUUUCAGGCUUAUAUCACCCCUUGCUUGGACUAUUGGAAUGGCUGUCCAUCUGGUCUUCCUGCCUCCAGUGUCUUCCCUCUCCCUCUUCAUUCUGUUGCCAAACCACCUAGUUGCCAAAAUCAUUUUCCCAGAAGCUCAAGAAGCUUCAGUGUCUCUCUAUCGCCCCUGAGAUAAAACACAAAUUUCCUCUGCUCUCUAAGGUCCUCCACAGUCUGGUUCGAGCCUACCUUUCUAGCUUUGCAUCAGUGCUUAUCACACUCUUCAUUUCUUUCCUUUACACACUGCAGGUUUCCCACCUCUGGUAGCCGCAGAGGACAACCCAAAUUUCUUUCUACACUGUCAUUUCUUUCUCCUCACAUUCAUACUGGCUGUCUCACACUGGAAUGUACUAUUUUCCCAACUUCUUUAGAGAUAGCUCAGGUGCCACCUCCUCUGGAAAGCCUUCCUUGUUCUCCCUAACUGAAAGUGCCUUCUUCUUUCUUAGAGUUCUCUAGAGUACUUUAUCCUUGGCUUUACCUAUACUCCUAUCUUAGUCUACGUCCCAUCCCCCCAGCCCUGGGAGAAUAUAAGCUUUAUGAGUAUAGGGGCUUUCAUUUUUCCCCCCUUUACUGUCUAGCACCUCAGUGCCUCACACAGUGCUCUGCACAUAGUAGGUGCUUAAUAAAAUUUAGUUGAAUUGACUCUUGAACAUUUCAGAAACGGCCUUAUCCCAUUUUGCUUCCCUCUUCUUGUAAUAUAUGUUGUAUCCAUUAUUAUAGUAAUUUCAUUGUUGAGGUACUUCCAGCCUGAACCAUUUGGGAAAGAGUAUUGUCCUUGGAAGGAAAUAUCAGAGCAAUGCAGAUGUUGCUGUGGACAUUCAGAUCAUUGGUCUUUAUCAAGCAGUUCAGGAGUUUGCGUGCAGACAGAGAAAAGUUGGUCUUGAGACUAUAUCAGGGUAACCACUUAGGUGCCUCCUGUAACUGAGGUGCACUAAAGGGUUAGGGUUUGAGAUUUGGGAUUUUUGGGCAGGGGUUAGUAUCAGGGGUUAGCAUUAGGUGCCCUUCAUUACCCCACAUAGUACAACCAAUUAUUCCACUUACCUGUGAGAGUGACCGGUCAAACCCUCUUGAGACACUGCUUGAGGCGGAUGGCGUUGCUUUUGAAGAUCUUAGGUCAUAAGCCUCUACCCUGCAUUUUACAGAUGAGGGAACUGAAGUCCAGAGGGGAGGCUGACAACAUAACUGGCAGAUGUAGGACGGGGAUCUAGGUCUUGUACUGAUGGAUGAUAGCCGGUAUCUGUGUGGUACUUCAAGGUUACACACUGCUCUCAUACCAGUGUUCUCUCGUCGCACCCGGGAGAUACAGAGUGCACUCAUUCUGUCCAUUUUACAGAUGAGGAAACUGAGACUUGAGAGAGGGGAAGCAACUUCUCGACAAUGACAGAACUGUGAGACGUCAAAGGCGAGACUUGAAAAACUGCCUUUAGAACCCGCGUUCGCCUCUUGACUUUCAGUGUGGAUCUCUCUUUCGGCGCCUGGUCUCUCCUACCCUGCCACGCUCGUUCAGUGGUCACUCUUCUAGGCCGUUCUUGGUUUCUACCAAGUUCACAGAGGCAAGGUGCUGUGGUUUGUCCGAGUGCUUAUGUGCAGGCCCACAGAAACACGCCCGCUCUUAACGCUGCUGUGAAGGAGAUGGGGAACCGCCUUCAUUCAUUUCCUGAGGCCCUGCUACGUCCCAGGCAGAUCUCUGACUUAUCUACUAUGGCAGAGAGAAGUCAUCAUCUACCUUGAAGGAAGACAUUCCCAAACUUGACAAAAUCACAGAUCCUUGACAUAUUGAGGAUUGUUUCAAUGAACAGGCCAGUUGCUAGAGAGCUGGUCCCCUAGGAGGGGCGUGAGCACCAUCUUCUGGAGCCCGAGGAGAACGUCGAAACUAUAGAGGACAGUACAUGCGUGGGGUUGGCAGAGAAGGGACCCCUGGCUGGAGGGUGAGAGGAGCUUGGAUAAGUGGUUUGCAGAGGCCAGAAAGAGGGCAAGGGAUGAGAUGACCGCCUUCUGGGAGCUCAGGAGAGCUGCGGAAAGUGAUGAAGCAGCUGAAUGAAGUUUGCUUCGAGCCAGGAAAGGAGGGAUGGAGGACAGGCGCAGGCUCAGUGACUACUCACCUGCUGCACAUCAAGAGGGAAGAGGCUGUGUGUGUGUGUGGAGGGACAAACUCCUUUUUUUCCAUUUUAUUUUUCAGUUAACAGGUAUUUUUUUUCUUUCCCUCCCUGCCCCGCCACCAUUAAAAAGGAAAACAAAACCCUUGUAACAAACAUACAGGUCAGACAAAACAGAUUCCUGAUGUCCGUGUUCAGAAACGUCUCAUUCUGCAUAUUUAAUCCAUCACCUCUCUGUCGGGAGGUGAGUAGCGUGGAUCAUCCUAAUUCCUCUGGAAUCAUGGCUGGUCAUCGCAUGAAGCAGAGAUCUUGAGUCUUCCAGAAUUGUUUGGUUUUACAAUACUGUUAUUAUAGGAAUUGCUUGAGGAUCACACUCCUACAACCCUUGCUUUUAGCCGAUAGAUGGAAGUUCUGUAAGUCAUUGAGACUUAUGGACCUAUGGAGUAAUGGCUGCUCAUUGGUAUUCUUUCCUAUGGGCCUGGCUAUUAGUUCUAUAGGUUUCCAGUAGCUUGCAAAUAAAAUUGUUCACGUUA